AUGGCAACCACCAUGCGCGCUUGGCAAAUGACCAAGCCCGGCCCGCCAUCAGUCCUGUCCCUGGCCAGCCUUCCCAUCCCUACACCUUUACCCUCCCAAGUCCUCAUCCGCAUCCAUGCCUUCGGCCUCAACCGCUCCGAGCUCUUCACUCGUCAGGGCCACUCUCCUCCCUCUGCCGUAACGCUGCCGCGUGUUCUUGGCAUCGAGGCUGUUGGGCUUGUUGCAAAACUGGGCGGAGAUGUUGGAAAGGGCAAAGUCACCUUUGAGGAAGGCGAGAGAGUCGCAGUCUGUAUGGGUGGGAUGGGGCGAUUGUUUGAUGGUGGGUACGCCGAGUACACUUGUGUUGAAGCGGGCAAUGUGAGGAGUCUGGGAAAGGAAGCGACUCAGCUGGGCUGGGAUGUGUUGGGCGCGAUGCCGGAGAUGUUGCAGACUGCUUGGGGAAGUCUUGUACGUGGUCUAGGAGUUCAGGAAGGCAAAGGAGAGAGGGUGCUGAUCAGAGGCGGCACAACGAGUGUGGGUCUGGCCGCUGCUGGCCUGGCAAAAGCGAUGGGCUGUACUGUGGUUGGGACGUCGAGAAGGGUGGAUGCAGAGACAGAGAAACUGCUGAAGGAUUUUGGCGUGGAUGAGGUCGUGAAAGAUGAUGGGGAGCUGGCCAAAGUGUUGAUUGGGGAGAAGAAGGUGAUGAGAUGUUUGGAAUUGGUCGGCACAACCACUUUGAGAGACAGCUUGCAGUGCGUUGCGGAGGGAGGCGUGUGCUGCAUGACGGGCAUCGUUGGGAAUAGCUGGACCCUCAAGGAGUUCUCGCCGAUGGCUGACAUCCCAUCUGGAGUCUUUCUGACCAAGUACAGUGGCGGGCCAGAGAACUUCCUGGAGAUGCCACUACUUGACAUGGUCAAGAAUGUAGCAGAGGGUAAGAUGCACGUCCCGAUCGGCAAAGUCUUCAAGUUCGAUGAGCUGGUCGACGCCCAUGAUUGA